CCCGGUAGGUGGCAGCAGUUCUGUGAUGAACGGCGCCGUUUAGAGCCGAAGAAGCGCUGAAGCAGCAGAAGCUACCAUGAUAGCAGCUUGUUAGCACCGUUGUAUUCUGCCAGUUUCAUCUGUAAUUCCAUGGAGAAGAAGAGCCGCUCUUAGUUUCUGAGGACUCGCUCUCCUUUCCCCUCAGGCUGGGUGAGAAGAUGUAGCCAAUCAGGUGGGAGAUUUCUGCAGCACCAGAAGCCUUCAGUUUUCAUAUCUUCAUCCUGGAGCUCCUGACCCCCUGACCCGGAGUUCUCUGUCCGUCCGUCAGCCAUGUUGUUUUCUCUGAGGGAGCUGGUCCAGUGGCUGGGCUUCGCCACCUUUGAACUCUUCCUCCACCUGCUGGCGCUGCUGCUCUUCAGCAUGCUGGUGGCUCUGCGGGUGGACCUGCUGAACGACCGGCUCAGCUGGUGGCUGGUGUUCGUGCCGCCGUUCGCCGCCGACGGCCUCAGCACCUACUUCACGGCCAUCGUGUCGAUCCGGCUGUACCAGGAGAACGAGAAGCGGCUGGCGGUGCUGCGGCUGCUCUGGGUGCUGACGGUGCUGAGCCUGAAGCUGGUCUGCGAGGUUCUGCUGUGCCAGAAGCUGGCCGAGCAGGACCGGGCCCGAGACCUGUGGUUCGGCCUCAUCGUCUCGCCGCUCUUCAUCCUGCUGCAGCUGCUGAUGAUCCGGGCCUGCCGGGUCAACUGAGGGCAAAGCAGCGCCGCAAGAGAUUAACCGCGCCGACGGAGGGAAGGACGAAAGAGAAGGAGGAUGUUUCAGAGAAAAACAAAAAAUCUGAUAUUCUGAGAUUAAUCUGAGUUUGAAAAGUUGAAAAUUACAGAGAAAAAAAACUCAAAUUCUGAGGUUAAUUUCAGAAUUUUAUUUGAGAAAACUCAAAUUUCUGUUGAAAAUGAAUGAGAAAAAACUUAUUAAUCUAGAAAAAAAAAACAAUUUCUGAAUUUGAAAAGUUUAAAAAAAUAUCAAAAAAUCUACAAUUGUCAAAAGAAUUUCCAGAAAUUUCUGAUUUUGUAAAGUAAAAAUAAUGUAAAUAAAAAUAUAAUAAUUCAGAUUUUCAGAAAGAAACUCAAAAAUCUGAAAAUUUGAGAAAGAACUCAGAAAUAGAGAUUAAUCUGAAAAAAAAAUAAAAUUAUGAGAUUAAUCUGAGAAAUGUUGUACAAAGUGAGUUUUUCUCUGAGCUUCCUGCUCUUUAUCCUUUAUUUUUUUCUGCGUUGGCUCCACUGCGCCGGCAUAGGGAUUUAUGGAUAUAAUUGAUGUAAAAAAUUUUAUUUUUGGACAUUUUGUGAAGGAGUUCUUCAUGUUUGGGGUCAGAGAAGAAGAAAACGAUCAAUCAGGUUGUUGUGUUCGAGAACAGAUUCUCCGACUCAACCGUGCAAAAGUCUUGAGUCAUUCCUCAUUUCUUUACAUUUCUCUUCCAUGCAGCCAAACAUCUGUGUUCAGUUCACUGAUAUUGACUUCUUUUAUCUGCGUUUAUGUCUUAUUGAAAUGUUAAACUAACUGAUUUUUUUAAAUCUGCACAUCAGAACGUCACAGCUUCAAAAAAUAGACAAAAAACUGUCAAAGCUUUAAGCAGAGCACCAACUGUUGAAAUCUGGUUGAUAAAGUUUGAGUUAACAUUUUUAAAAACAAAAUAGAAAUCUAAAAUAUUAAAAACAUACAUAAUGCAGGAAAUAACUCAGAAAUAUGACAAAUUAGAGCAUUUUGAACAGUGUUUGGCUCAUUUUAAAGUUAAAUUUAAAGAAAUGUGAACAAUUCAAGACUCGUGCACGACACUGUCUCUUUAAAUCUGUAAGGAAUAAGAAAAGUUAAUCAACAGGAACUUUAUUUUCUCCACAGGAAGUCGGUUCAUAAAUCACCAAACUCUCCGGUUCCUACACGCCGUGCGCCUCGCCCAGCCCGACGUUUCUCUGUAAAUGUUCUGCAUGUAUUUAUGGGAUCCUUUAAUUUAAAACUUGAUGUAAAAUUCUGUGUAAGAUAAUAUAUAUAUAUGUUGAAUUUUUAAGGAAAAUCCAUGUUUAUAUUUAUGUUCCUCUGGUUUUUUGCUGCAGUACACAUUGGUUAUUUGUAUAAAAUGUGUAAAUAAAACAAACAUUUAAAAAGAAAAA